AUGUGUGAUUACAUACGAAAUAUUCCAGGUUGGAACGUCCCGUACGAAUUCAACCAGGCUGACUUCGCUGCAAGUGUGCAGUUCAUCCAGAACCAUCUGGACGACAUGGACCCUAAAAAGGGCGUUUCAUGGCCCACGGUGUGCUACAUGCUCGGGGAAGUCCAAUAUGGCGGCAGAGUCACAGAUGACUUUGACAAACGGCUACUCACCACUUUCACACAGGUAUGGUUCUGCGAUGUUCUUCUAAGACCAGGCUUCGAAUUCUACAAGGCCUACAAAGUUCCGCAAACAAGAAACUUGCAAGGUUAUAUAGACUACAUCAACAGUUUACCUACUACUGAUACGCCAGAAGUUUUUGGAUUGCACGGGAAUGCAGAUAUAACUUAUCAAAUCAAUACUGCGAAAGGGAUCCUAGACACGAUCUUGAGCGUCCAGCCCAAAGAAGGCGGUGGCGGAGGCGGCGAAACUCGAGAGACGGUCGUCUACUGUCUGGCCGAGGACAUGCUGGACAAGCUGCCCGAGCAGUACAACAGCUUCGAGGUGAAAGAAGCACUGCAGCGUAUGGGCGCCUUGCUGCCGAUGAACAUCUUUCUGCGGCAGGAGGUCGACAGGAUACAGAACGUGCUGCAAGAGGUGAACCUAGCUGACGAUCUGGAAUUUUAG